AUGCAAGCCUUGGAGGAGUGCGAAGCGUUUGCGUGGGAACGGUCCAAGGAGAACGUUGCCCCUGUUCACUGCGGACGGAAUGUAGACAAGCUGAAUGUAGUGCUUGCGGAAGUCGACUCGUCCAACCACCAUUCGAAAUUGAUCAGCCAGGAGAGAGAGCUGCUGCACAACAUUGCUACGUACUGCGGCGAAGACCCUCUUAUGAGCUGGUUGGAGUAUUACAAGUGGGUUCAAGAGUAUUUUCCUUCCGAUGUGAAGAAGAUCUUGGCUGUGUUGGAGCAAAUCACGCACGAAUUCAAGGGCAACAAAAAGUACAGAAAUGAUGUCCGAUACAUGAAACUUUGGGUUGCUUACGCUGACAAAGUCGAGAAACCGCUCGAGGUAUUCAUGUUCCUACACAAACACAAGAUUGGAGACAAGCUGUCAUUGUUCUACAUUGCGUGGGCAUUUUUGUGCGAGAAAAGUGGCAAGAUCAAGGACGCAGAGACAAUUUUCAAUCGCGGCUUUCAAAAAAACGCAGAACCGCGAGAAACGCUGAAGAAAAAGUACGACGAAUUCAAUUGCCGAGUAAUCAAAGCAUGGACGAAGAGUUCGGAGGACAACUACGAAGGAAGCCAGCGGUCGUACGCAUCCGUAUAUGCGUCACAGCUCGUUGAAGAAAGUUCGUCAGGGGAUAAAAUGACGGAAGUUGCGGUAAAGCAUGAAACGAGGGUCGGGUAUUUGCCAUGGGAGUUCUAUUGUGUCAACGAAAUUAUUUCAAGACUGAGCAAGGACGAGCAACACCCAAGCUUCGAGACUAUCAUCCGCAUGUACACUCUGCAUGUGUUCCAAAAUGCUACGUUAUUGAUCCAGCAGCGCGGUGACAGAGGCACGCUUCAUGGUCUCGUCAACAAGUAUGCACAGCACGGUCGACGGAUUCCUGAACAAAUUGCCGUCUACUACGCGUAUCAGAUGUUUGCCACCGUCGACAUCGUUCACAAGGCUAGAUUUCUUCACGGCGACAUCAAACCUGACAAUUGGAUCUUGGUCGACGGGCAAUCCUAUUGGGACACUCGCGAGACGUUCAGUACCGGCGCCGUGUGUUUGAUUGACUUUGGCCGGGCCAUUGACCUCGAUUAUUACCCGAAAGACUUUGCGUUCUGUGGUGAUUGCCAUGCGUCGGGGUUUCAGUGCAUUGAGAUGUUGACAAAGGAAACAUGGACUUAUCAAAUCGACACUUUUGGCCUGUGCGCAUCAAUACACUUACUGCUCUUCGGCGAUUAUAUGGAAGUCAAGUACAUCAGCAAGACUGGCAAGUGGAUGCCUAAGCGUCCAUGGAAGCGGUAUUGGCAGUGCCAGUUAUGGAGCGACUUGUUUUCUACCUUUUUGAACAUCCCUCCUGGCUCAACCACUCAGCCAAGUCUCCAGUGGUGGUGCUCCAAGCUCGAGCGCUACUUUACCGACAACGAAACCAAUAAAACGGUGUGUCAUGCCAAUGCCGAAAGGGGAUAUUAA